AUGCUCUUUGUUAUCAUCUUCCUCCUGUCAAUGGCAGGACUGUUUCCGCCCACCCAUGCAAUGGCCAUUGCCCUGCCAAUCACUAUUGCAACCAGAGACCCCGAGUCCGACCAUCGCGGAUUCCCAAAGGGGGCCAUCAUCGGAAUCGUUGUCUCUGUCAUCGCAAUCGGCGUCAUCCUCACCGUCUUCCGCUUCGGCGCCAUCAUGUCGAUGCGCAGAAAGCAGGACCUCAAAUACGUGCAGCAGGUCAGGAGCACCAACGGCAGCCCGACCUUCGAUUACGACCGGAACAAAUACUCCUCUUCGCCUGCUGUGCCCUUACUGGCAAGCAAUCAAGUGCCUGCUGCAAGCUCAAUGGCACCAGCUGCUCCGUCUUGGACAGGACCACAAGAGCCUCCUCCAGCAUACACGCCAAUGAUCAACAACAAUUCCUCAGCCGCGAACCCAGCUCCCUGA